GGAUCGCGCCCCCCCAGCCCUGGCCUGUGACCUGCCGGCAUCAGGGAUUGAGUCCAGGGUCUUUCUCCACCCAGCCUGGAACCCGCUGGACCCGGACCCCUCCCCUCCGUCCCCCCAGCCAGGAUCAGGUGAAAGGACCCUGCGCCCUUUGGAGGAUCGGUCCGUCGUCCCCCCCCGUGUGUGCACCCCCCGGGAGGAUUCUCUUUUCCUACCAGAAUGUUCCCGCAGUCAUGGAGUCCCCCAACAGCAUGUCGUCCUGCGAGUCUCUGUAUUCGGUCGACAGUGCUGCCAGCGACGAAGAGGACAAGUGUUACGACUUCGGCGUCUUCCUGUCGGACAGCGAGAGCGAGGUGGAGAAGGACACCCACUCCGGAGGGGAAAGGAUUCUCUUUUCUCCCAAGUCGGCAUGGACUAGCCCCAGCCUGCCGGGCCGGGACUGCAAAUGCAGGACAGUGAAACCCACUUUGCAGAGCUCUGCUAGGCAACGGCCUUCGAGUCAGUGCGGCCGGUUUCCCAGGGCGUUGGAAGGCAGAUACCCCUCGGCCUACGCUUGUUUGAUGGAUGGGGAUGGCAGCCUGGCCGGGAGGACUCUGAGCCAGAAGAGGGUGGAGAGCGGACGGAAGCGUCUGAUCCAUCCUGCAGGGGAGAGGGAAUACCCCGAGUAUGCUGAAAAGCCCGCUGCCCACGGGAUGAAAAGGCAAAGGAAUGGGGAAACGGAGAUGAGGGAAGCUCCGACGUUGCCCUUGACCGACGGCGACCGGUUGUUUGCCCAGAAGUGCCGGGAACUCCAAGGCUUCAUCAGGCCUCUCACGGAGCUUCUGAAUGGGCUGAAGAAAGGUCGCUAUGAGCGAGGUUUAAGCAGCUUCCAGCGGAGUGUGGCCAUGGACAGGAUUCAGAGGAUAGUUGGAGUCCUGCAAAAGCCAGAAAUGGGGGAGCGAUACUUGGGCACCCUGCUGCAGGUAGAAAUGAUGCUGAAAGUUUGGUUCCCUCAUGUCGCCUUGAACAGUUCCUGUCCUGAUUCCAAACCAGCAGAGCAUGCAUGCAAGCUAGCUAAGCAGUCCCAUCCCAAGCCUUCAGCAGUGGACAGCCAUGAAGGAAAGCCCGCGGUGCCCAGCGAAGACUCCGCCCAAAGGCCCGCCGUGGAGAAGCUGCACCUCACGGACCCGGCCGCAGCUAACGGCAAAGCCAGCGCGGUGUGGAGGGAGCAGGCCUGCUUUCUGGCCGACUGGUCUGCCAUGAACUUAACCUGGAUGCACACCUCGCCCAUCUGCAACCCGCCCCUGGGGCUGGCGAACCUAGGGCACUUGAAUGCUGCUUUCAGCCAGGCCCUGCUCGGACCAAACGCAUGUGGGGUCAUUCUCUUCCUCCACAACAACCUGAUGGCCCCUGCGCCCUUCUUCCGCUCCACGUCCGUCACUCCCGACAAGAGCUCGCCUGCCUACUGCCACCCCAAGCAACCUCCAGGUAUGGGAGACCCGCCGAGAUGCCAGAGUCUUCCCGGGGCCAUGGCAGCAGGGAGCUACGUGCUUAGCCAGCAUCCAAGCAGCCACUCCAGAUCUUUGCCUCACUUGCCCACCUCCAGCAAGGAACCCAAGCCAGCAGCUGCUUGGACUGGGAAUCGGGAGUCAGAACUGCUGGCUAGGAAAGGACCCGUGUAUUCCUCUUGAUGCUCGGCUCGAGGCACUUCCCAAAAUGUGUGAAUUUUAUUUCUUUUUUUAUUUCUGCCUUUUUUUGUUUUUGUUUUUUUUUUAAGUAAAACAUUUCACGCCUGUGUAAAAGUCUGAUAUACGUCCAGGAGGAAAAUAAUUAAUGUUAUUAAAAGGUUUAAAUCAGA